GGAGCAGCGGUGCGGGGGGGUCUGGGGGUGCCCAAUUGAACCCGCUGUCCGAGAAGGAAAUGGCGAAGUUGAGGCGAGGGAACAUUGUUUGGAACUUCGUCACCGCGGGCCAGUAUGUCGGGGACCAGUCCAAGAUGCACGGGGACCGAAAGUUGCGUUGCAACUUAUGCGGCCACCUGUUUCAGGGGGGAUCGUCGAAGGCCGCGCGUCAUUUUACGCAGUCAAAGUUCUGCAAGGCUGGGGGGAUAAGAGUUCUCGCGGAACUUUGGAACGGCACAGACUACACAUUUGUGCCAUCCACUGCUCAGCGGGUGCAGAGGUGGAUGGCAGACGAGGGCUUACGGGACACGAGAGCGCCCGCGGGUGGCCAGAGACAGCGGAUGGACGACGCAGAGAGGGACGACAUUCAGGACGCCCUCGAUGAGGAGGAGGGCCACGAGGGUGGGGCCGGGGAGGGGGCGGUUGCAGACGAGGCAGACGAGGCAGUCGGAGAGCCUAACCUGCCAGGGGAGGAGGUGGUGAUGACGUCGAGAGGCGUCGGUGGAGCGGGUCCUGCUACUAGGGCGCCGCGAGCUGAGGUGGAGCGCGCGAGGAGGGAGAAGAGGACAGUGGGGCAGGCUGGCGUCGAGGUGCCAAACACGGGCAGGGAGAAGAGGGCUCGGCAGACCACGAUUGACGAGAUGUACGCCAGGGAGAAGUUGGCCGAGUUCACAGACGGGUGGCUUUAGUGGCGGGCCAUCAUCUUGUCCUUUCUUGCAAAGGAUGUGAUCGGCUUCUGCACAGACUCCGCCAGUAGCUAUACGGCGGCAGCGCGCAGGUUCGCCACAGACCCCGAGCCCGAGAUCAGGAGGAUCACUUGGCUCCCCUGCUCCACCCAUGUCUGCAACUUAACGUUGUCAGAUAUCGGGACGCGAGUGGUGUGGGUCAAGGAGACCAUCAUCCGCGCUCGAGCGGUUGUGCGAUUUAUUAAAUCGCACGGCGCUGCUCACACCCUGUUUAGGAAGGUGAGCCCUCGCGUUCAGCUCGUCGAGCCCGUUGAGACACGACGUGCAUCGGUUUUCCUGAUGCUGACGUGUCUCAAAGGCCGACGCGGCGCAUUGGAGAGCAUGUUGCACGGGGAUGCUUGGGCACGCAUCCCGUGGGAUCGCGCCCACGUAUCUCAGGCGCAGUGGGUGCAACAGCAGAUCCGGGACGGGGAGUUUUGGCAGCGUGUCCAUUACGUUAUCCUAGUCAUGUCGCCCGUCCACCAGCUGUUGCGCAGGAUGGAUAGAGGUGGGAUGAUGAUGUCCGUCGUUUACGAGUGGAGUCUGCAUCUGCUGCAGUUGAUGAGCAGGGUUGACGUGCCGACGGACAUGAUCGAGCCGUGCGUGCGUGAGGUUGCCAUCCGCAACCUCCACAUGCUAGAGCCCGCACAUGUCGCGGCCCACCUCCUCAACCCUCGUCGACGGUCCCUCACGUAUUACCAUUUGCUGGAGACGACCGCCGUGUGGUCAAGGAGUGCGACAGAUUUUCUCCUGGCGCAGACCGGCGGCGAUCCGGUCGGCUUAUUGUACAGGAGCGUGAGGGACGAGAUGAGGGCGUUCCACUCGAGGCGAGGGAUUGGGGAGAUCGUGACCUCUCUGAUGCCGAGGCGGCCGAUUGCAGGGGGGACAGUGAGACCGAGCGAUGUGCAGCACGGUGGUUUGAGCAUGGACGUGCCCACCCGGAGUUGCGCACCAUCGCCAUCCGUGUCAUGCACUUGUGGACGUCUGCCUCUCCAGCGGAGAGGAACUGGGCGGAGCACGAGCGCGUCAGCACGGCGAGGCGCUGCAAGCUUGGGUUCGCCAAGCUUGCACAGCUGGUUGAGAUUGCCACCAAUCUCAAACUGGCCUCGUGCGCACGAGGAGGAGGAUGAGGAGGGAGAUGUGGAGCCCGAAGUGUGGGGAGCGCGGCCUGAUGGCAGUGUUCUCGAGCAGGAGAUCCAGCGGCACAUUGUCGCUUUCCGUGACAGCCGACCGUCCAGAGCCCGUUCGGUUCGGGACGUGUUCGGCAGCAGAGCGACGGAGCUGCGAUCGUGGCCGGAGGGUGGGGAUGAUGUGGAUGCUGCUGCGCCAGACGACGACAUCGACGACGACAUCGACGACGACUGGAUUGACGAUGAUGACACGCCGCUGAGUCGUGACCCGACGGCUGAGCGAGUGUACUUCACUUACAGUGGGGGUCGCGACGACAUGGAUUCAUUCACAUCAGUUAUCACUGGUGGUGUGCCGUCGACUGCGCAGGCGAGUGGCAGCAGCAGAGCCGGCGGUGGUCCUGGAGGACGUUCGCAUGCGGAGGUUCGCAUGGACGACUCGGGGGAGCAGCAGCCACGGGGAGGUCUUCGGCAGACAGGCAGGCGUUGGGAGGUUAGGAGCGACAUCGAGGCCGAGCGGGAGGCGGAGGAUGAGGACGACUUCGAGGACAUAGGGCUUGGUGGGAGCUUGGGAGAUUUCAGUGUCGAGGGACGUCGACGUGCCUCACCGCAGGAUGUGCACACAGACGCGGACGUUGAGCGGGGCCCUGUUGAGACUGAGGAGGAGAGGGAUGCCUGUUUGGACCGAGAGGAGGAGGAGCGGCUGAGGAGUUUGCCACAGUGGGAGGGUCGGUUCGCGUAUCUCGACGAGCAGCGUCGGCAGAGGGACUUGGAGACAGGAGGGGGGGGGAGCCGUGACGUCGACGACUCGGGUGUCCCUGAGGAGGCGGUUCAGGGGGAGUUCGAUUAUGAGGGGCAGGAUGCCGCCGCGGGUGGUGGGUUAGGUGGUGGACGACGCGGCGACGAGGAGACCGCGGGUGUCCCUGAGCGGCAGGAUGUUGUCAUGGGCGGUGGGUCCCCUAGUGGGGGGCCGUGGCGACACAAAGGAGAGAGUGGACCCGGUGGAGAUGGGGAUACCGCGGGUGUCGGUGGAGACGAUGGACCGGACGGUGACGAUGACGACGACCACGGUCCCGAGGAUGAUCCGUAUAGGCUCGCCUUGGUGUUGAGGGACCCCACAGUGCCUCCCUUGCGCCCUGACGACACAGCGCACACUUUCUUCGACGCCGACGCUUUGGCGCAUGCGUUGACGGAUGACCCUUUCGCACACGUGAGCCGCAAGAGCAGUAAGCAGCGGGCCCCUGGGAGGGUAUAUUCACCGCCACCGUUCACAGUGCAGAGCCCUCACUGGUCGGGUUCGUCCCUCAGCGGCGUUAGAGGGAGGGAGUCCGGUGCGGGUGAGGUGGGGUCCGGCAGACGCAGCGACGGCGGUAGAGAUAGUGCAGGAUCGAUGCCUCCACCGCCCGCACGGACUCCGGAGGCCAGGGUCGACACCAGGGACCGGACGGUGGCACCCGGAGUUGCGCACAGUGGCGGUUCCCCGCUGCCAGUCCGAGGAGGUGUGGGUGGCGGAUGGUCAGCUGUUCGUCGGGUCGGGGACCGGUUGCGGGCGGAUUACGACGCCGGGAGGGGUGUCUUCACGGGACGUACGCCUGUUCAGACGCAGGCUGCGGAGGGUGGGUCCGGACGUCCGAGCCUGCAGAUGGCAGGCUGCAUGCUUGGUUUGUCACGAGCGGAGACGAGGAGAUCAUUGGUCCUCGAGGCCGCAGGGACAUCCACGGACAAGCUGCGGGGAGAGCAGUUCACAUCGGGCGAGGAGGGGUUGUUGAUGCGUCCCGGGACGAGACGACAUCAUGGCCUCUCGGAGGUUGAGGCCCGACUCGCUGCAGGGGUCGCCGCUGGUCAGGCAGCAUUGGACGCGAUUCAGAGGGAGAGAGAGAGGGGGAUUGCUGCACAGGCGGAGGAGGACGAGGACGCAGACACUGAGUCCGAGCCGAUCGAGACUGCGGCCCGCAGACACAGGGCACAGGUGGCCGCGGCGGCCGCUGCAGCACAUGCGGCAUACGUCAGCGGUGCACGGGGCACAGGUGCCGGAGGGAGAGGAGGGCGCCGGGGAGGACCGCAUGGCCGCACGUCCUCCGGGAGAGGCCGCGCGCGCUCUAGUGGGAGAUGACGACGUCCGUGGUGUUUUUUUUUUUUUUUCAUUAGUUUUUUUUUUUUUUUCGCGUGGCUGUACAGCCUGGACGCUCUGUCGGCAGGGUUGUUGCAUAUUUAUGUCGAUGUUGUUCCAUGGAGAUGACGACAGUAUGUGGACAUUAGGGUUUUUUUUGUUUUUUUUUUGCUACUCUGUAGUACAGUAGAGACGACGGCUGUCGACGGGUCCAAUUUUUUUUUGCUACUCUGUUGUGUAGCAGAGACGAUGGGUCCAUUGUUUUUUUGCUACUCGGUUGUACAGUAGAGACUACGGGUGCAAUUUUUGGCUUCAGCCUUGUACAUACGCAUUUCCAUUGAAAUGUUGAAAUGCUUUGUCAUAUAUUUGCUCUUGUUCUUGUUCCUCCGCCAACAUUGGUCUUGCAUCUGAGUCGCUGUUGUUUGGUGAUUGUUUUCUGCUCUCUUGUCGUGAUUGUUGCAAAUUAUGUGCUUCUCCGAUGCCACGCACGUGCAUGUCAUGGAUGCCUCCGUUAUGAAUGUGUUGUUAAUUUCAGAUGCGACAUAGGGAUGACGUGCUAACGAAUGUGUUCUUACAUAAAUGCUGUGCUAAUGAAUGUCCAUCAGUCUC